AUGAAGUUUGAUUCGCGGCGCUCGAAUGUGCGGGCGCGAAACGGGAUGGUGGCAACAAGCCAGCCGUUGGCGGCGAUGGCCGGGCUGCGAAUGCUGAUGAACGGAGGGACGGCGGUGGAUGCGGCGGUUGCGGCGGCGGCGGCGCUGAAUGUUGUGGAGCCGUUCUCGACGGGUGUGGGCGGCGAUGUGUUCGCGCUGGUGUGGAGUGAGCGGGCGGGCAAGGUGUACGCGCUGAACGCGAGUGGGCGGUCGGCGGCAGCGGCAGACACUGAAUUACUUCAAUCAACAGGGUACACAGGCAUUCCGAACGACAGCCCUUACGCCGUAACGGUGCCGGGCGCGGUGAGCGGAUGGCAGGCACUGCUGGACAGGUUCGGGAAUAUGGGGAUGGCCGAUGUUCUUCGUCCCGCAAUCGACUAUGCCGAAGGUGGAUAUCCGGUGUCGGAGAUGGUCGCGCACCAGUGGGCGGGGGCGGAAUCGCGGCUGAAGCAGCAUUUCAGCGGCGAAGAACUGCUGCUGAGAGGCAGGGCGCCUCGUGCGGGUGAAGUGAUGACUAUGCGCACGCUCGCCGAUACGCUGCGAACUAUUGCAUACGGCGGGAAGGAUGCGUUCUAUAAAGGCAGGAUCGCGGAGCAGAUUGCCGCCUUUGUGCAGGAGCGCGGCGGGUGGCUGACGACCGAGGACUUGGCGGAGCACGAGUCGACCUGGGAGGAGCCGAUAAGCACAGAAUACCGUGGCGUGGACUGUGUGGCAGUGUCCGCCGAACAACCAGGGUGUGAAUGUGCUGCUGGGGCUGAACAUCGCGGAAGGGAUUCGACAUCGGGGGGAUGGGGGCGCAGUCUGCGGACCGGCACCAUCAUCUGA